AACAUGCAAUUAAUUCGCCCCAAAGCACGACUAGUGUUGGACCCAUGACGUUCAUACAUUGAGAAAAUACACAUAUUUCAGUUGUUGCCCAACAUCCUUUCUUUGGAACACUAUUUGGUCCUGAUUUGUAGACUCACAGAUGGGCGGUGUUUUAUCUGGCGCUGCUCUUUACAACCGUAAUAGACAGUCUAUGAAAUAGAUGUAAAUACACGGACCAUGAAAGUACAGUGAUCGGACUAGCUGCCAAAGUAACGCCCGCAAGCUACAACAGAGGAGACGUGUGUCAAGAGCAGAUGUAAGAUGAGGCUUGUUUAAACCACUCAAACAGUGUUCAGAUCUGUAAGACUAUGAUGUGUGAGUCCUCCCUGGUGCGAUGCCUGCAGCUGUGUGUGUCCUUACUGAUGGUGGUCAGACUGCAGGGCAAGGUAACAGCCCCUGAGCGCAUGGAGGCCCCAGUGGAGCUCCCCUUCACUCUGUCCUGCAUGGUGUCUAAGGGGCGUGGGGACAGCCUGAAACAGGUGCGCUGGCUGGAUGUCCAGAACAAGACUCUGUUGACCUACGAGCCCAGCCAGAAGGACAGCGUGAGCGGCCAGCAGCAUGUAGAGCUUGCACCCUCCCCCAAGGACACCUCAGCCAUCACCAUCCGCAGGGUGGGCUUCAGAGACGAGGGCUGCUACACCUGCAUCUUUGACCUUUACCCCUCAGGAUCGCAGGAGGGACGCACCUGCCUCACCGUCACAUCCCGUGUGACUGCAGAGGGUAACAAGACAGCGGUGAGUGGUAAGGCGGUAGUCCUGUCUUGCUCCUAUGGCCUGCCAGAGAAGGUACAGCAGGUGCUGUGGAGACACACAGCAGGGCAGGGGGACUCCAGCGGAGUAGCCUCCUAUGCCAAGCGCAGCGACCCCAUGAUCGAGCCACCCUACCAGGAGAGGGCCUGGCUGACCCCCUCCUUCUCCCACAGCCAGCUGUCCAUCAGACCAGUCAGCAUCCAGGAUGAGGGCUGCUACACCUGCGAGUACCACACCUACCCAGAGCGAACCAAGAGUGCUACCGUCUGCCUCACUGUCUUUGUACUGCCGAAACCCCAGGUGAGCUACAAGAGCACAUCUCCAGGGGUGAUCGAGGCCAACUGUACAGCCGUGUCACGGCCCCCGGUGGAGAUAGUGUGGAACGUGGAGAGGGACAACCGAACUAUGGGUCCCCCUGUGACAUCACAGCUCCAGCAGGGGGAUGGGACCACCCUGGUCAUCAGCACCCUCACUGUCCAAUCAGGGCUGCUGAAGGACGUGUCCGUCAAAUGCCUGGUCCACCAUAAGGGUCUGGAGUCACCCAUCGCUGUGUCUAUGAACACCAAGAUUGGGACAGCUCUGACCAUCUUAAUCUCUGUGACCACUGUAGCUGCUCUGCUGGUCAUAUGUCUCUGCUUCUGUCUCUGGAAGUGUUUCCUGCGCAAAGAAGAUGACGGAGUCUGAAAGGAGGAAGUGAUAUUCAGCCAAUCAGAGACAGUUCCUCAACAUUCUGCUGCACCUUCAGAAGUGAAGCAAGGCCCACCUCAAGAAGAGGACACACAAUACAAUCCAUCAUGACCAACAUCACAGGGUCACUGAGAAUCUGAAUCCAUCCACUCAAAACACCAAUUGUUUAGUCACAAUGGCUUGUACUCACCAGUUUCAAGAGUUUCAUAGUAGGAGUGCUGAUAUGCGAUCAGAUUUCCCUUUCAGAUCAUAAUAAAUAAGAUUACAUGGACAGUCACAUACCUGACCCUAGGUCAGCACUCCUACUCUGAGACUCUUUGAAUACGGCCCAGAAUAAUCACAACACAUCCUAACAGAUCUGAACCUAACCUUGUCCUCUGAUAACCCCAAACACCAUCGAUAUAUAUCAUGAGGUGUGAUGCUGACUAAUUAUUUUAUUCUUGUAACUGCCUUGGAUUCUUUGUGCUAUUGUAAAGUAUGUUCCCGAGAUGAAAGGGACUAUGUCUGUGGGAAAACCAUGAAAACUCUGAAUGAGAAGUGAAAAUACCUUAGUCUACCAGGGUAUUACAGUAUUCAGUGGCCCUCACGUCUUGUGAUACACUAAAUGCAGAAGAGCUGAGUAGUUAUUGUAUGGAAUUUACAAACUUUAAAGUCCCACUUUAGACCACUGUAAUGCAGCUUCUGUGGAGGACCUACCCUUUUGAACCCCCCAGAAUUUUCAUUCUAUUCUCAGUGUUUCAUGGGACAGCCUGCUUUGCCAAGUUAUUUGCCAAUUAAGUGUACAUAAUGUGUAGGCGACUGACAGUAUUUAGCUAAGCGUGAUUUCUUUCUGGAACCUCCUACAGAUGUAGGAUCUUAAUUUGAUCACCAUGUGGAGGGAGAAUUUUCCUGCAGGAGAACUUUCCUGCAAUGUAGUGUAGUUGAGGUGUAAAAAGGCUUCUAAAGUUUGUAAUUUCCACUUUGAAAUUUCAGACUUGAUUUUCCCUUAUGAAAAAUUGGUAACACUUUAUUUGAAACCCAGUGUUAUAACAAGUUAGAACGCCAUCAUAACCAUGUCAUAAUAUGUCAUAACAACUGACAUAACUUGUCAAAACCUGUCAUUAUAUGACCCAUAUAUUUACACAUGUUGUGACAUACAGUAUAUUGUGUUAUUUUGUGGGUGGUUAUGACAUCUACACAAAUGUGUUUUUUCUUUCGUUUAAAAGUUUGUUUCUUAAAUACUUUGUGGAUGUUGUAAUGAAUUCUUUACAGGUAUCAUAUUUCAAAUAACUUCACCACCCUGUGUCACUUGGACUAAGAAAAUAGACUUUAUGACUCUGUCAAGAAGCAUUAUGGCCAUCAGAGUCAUAUAAGCCAGAUAGGCCUAUCAGGUACCUGCCCUAAUGUCAGUCAUCAGUCACAAAGAGGGUGUCUUGUCCUGCUCCUGAAACAUGCACCUGCAUUCAUCCCAGUCAUCAGAAACAGAGCUUUGGGGUAGGUGCAUGUCUGACACCAAUUACAAUAAUCAUUUAACAUGGUCAAUAAAUACAAAACUCUAUAACAUAAACAUAGUGUUGACAUGAAGUGUUUGCCCUUGUGUGGUAGGUUUUGUGGGGUUUGACACUCUUAUGUAGGUGUCAUAACCAGCCAUAUAAUAAUGCAAUAAAUGUCACAACAGGUCUACAUAUAUGUAUCGUGACAGUGAUAUGACCAUAUUAUAACAGGUUAUGACAAGUUAUUUCAACUGUUAUGACAUAUUAGGACAGGAUUAUGACCGUGUCAAGUAAAGUGCUACUGAAAAAUGGAUCAUCUCCUACAAAAAUGUUAUAUCCCACCUAAUAAUUCACAUUUUCUGUUGCUGCAGGAUUAUUUUCCUGCUGUAUCAAACUGGCUCAAUUUAAAAUCCUACAUCUGUUGCAUGCUGGCAAUGAUAAAGCUAUCUGUAAGGGUUCAACCGCAGGUCUCAGACAUAGACCACUUACUCAGAACUCUUGCAGAGUUGGCGAGAGGGUGGUUGAAUAUAUGCUCAGAUAAAAAUAUUUUAUAAAAUUAUACCAUUAAUGCCAUUUUUAUCAUGGGGAGAGGAAUAACUGUAGUUAUGAGUUGUUUGUGAGUGUGUGUGUUUUCAGAUUCCAUGGUCAGAUGGUUUAAUGUGAUUCCCAGUAGAAGACGUGUAUGAAUAUGUGCAAUUGCUUCCCUUUUGAAUCACUGCCACCAAGGAGUGGCCAGGCCAUCAGUAUUAUCAGGUCUCUGCAGAUUUAAGCUUCAUGAAAUGCUGAACCGAUUUACUUCAUCUGUAUUGGCAUCAGUCAAGGUUAAUUGCCUUUUUAGGAGAAAACUGUCAUGGUUUGCUAUCAUAAUGCAUCUUCUGUGGUACUUCUCUAAUUGCGUCAUCAUACAUGUCACUUUACUUAGAGGUUUUUCCCAGUAUGUACAUUGACUGCUGUGGUAUGUGAUGUAACCAUUGAAUAUGUGUGUGGGGGGCUCUUACCAGAUAACAUGUGUUUCAUAAUGUGCCUUCUCCCAGAGUCACUUCACACGCUGAAGAAGCAACUAACCACAUCAAAGGUCAACACAGCCCCCGUAUGAAGGAAGAUGCUGUCACUUGAAAAUGUACUGUGUGAUGAAGACGUGAUGAAAUGUAAGAUAAAAACAUUUAGAAAAAGGUCUGGUGUAUUACUGGUUACAAAAUAAUUGAUACUUAAUACUGAACAUUGAAAGUUGACAAAACAAAACUGAGGUUUUUGAGUUUGUAUCCCAGGAAUGGAAUUCUGGGGCCAGUCUCUGUACACCUGGAUUGACUUUAAAGAGAGAGGGGGGAAAGGUGGAAUUAUUCUCCUCUUGGCUGUUUGUCCAUAUCUGGCUUCCAUAUGCACUUUGUUCCAAGUCUGUUUUAUCCUGAGCCGUGGUGUUUGAUAGGGGUACCGAGCUUUGGAGAAUAAAAACACACACACACACAGCUUCAAAUAGGCCAGCAUCAAUCUGUAAGGGCAGCUCUGCAGUGAAGGCUGGUUAAAGUGUGUUUAUUAGCUCUGUGUCACAAACACUGCCCUCUGUGACUUUCCUCUGUGACUGCCCUCUGUGACUGCCCUUUGUGACUGCCCUCUGUGUGGGAUUGUGUUCUCUUGGCUUGGUGUGCAGUAGAACAGAUUAUUGUUUGAAAAUUGAAUGUUUUCUUAUGAGAGAUCAGAUCACUCGUUUUCCACGCAGCUUUAGCAUGGCCAGGAAUGUGUUUGUGUGUCUUCAGAACUAAAUCCACAACCUGUUCCAUUUCUUAUGCACAUUGUACACUCAAGAGGAAUAGGUGCUUUCUCUAUCAGUAUAAGGUUUGAUCAUGGAAUAGUACUGGAAUCUGUCAUCAUUCUCACGUUUGCUCCAAACCCCCCCCUCCAGUGACACACCCAGUUUCCCUCAUACUAAUGAGACUGGGUGUAGUGUGUUGUUAGGGUUGAUUUUGGACCAAUCCCACAGUCAUACCCCUCUUACACAUCUUGUCCACCCUGUCAUAAGGUUUCUGGGUCUGUAGUGCGAUGAAGUCACAUGAUUUCUGGAUGCAGUCUGCCAUUUCUCUCUCACCACCCAUCUACCACCCCUCCAUCCAUCCAUCUACCACCCCUCCAUCCAUCUAUCCAUCCAUCCAUCCAUCCAUCUAUCCACCCAUCUACCACCCCUCCAUCCAUCUACCACCCCUCCAUCUAUCCAUCCAUCUACCACCCCUCCAACCAUCCAUCUAUCCAUCCAUCUACCACCCCUCCAACCAUCCAUCUACCACCCCUCCAUCAUCCAUCUAUCUAGCCAUCUACCACCCCUCCAUCCAUACAUCUAUCCACCCAUCCAUCCAUCUACCACCCCUCCAUCCAUCCAUCUAUCCAUCCAUCUACCACCCAUCUAUCCAUCCAUCUAUCCACCCAUCCAUCCAUCCAUCCACCCACCCACCCAUCCAUCCAUCCAUCCAUCCAUCCAUCCAUCCAUCUCUAUCCAUCCACACCUCCCUCUGAGCAUAGAGUUUCUGUCUGAAUAAACAUUAUCUCUCUGAGCAUAGAGUUUCUCUCUCAAUAAACAUCAUCUCUCUGAGCAUAGAGUUUCUCUCUGAAUAAACAUAAUCUCUCUGAGCAUAGAGUUUCUCUCUGAAUAAACAUAAUCUCUCUGAGCAUAGAGUUUCUCUCUGAAUAAACAUAAUCUCUCUGAGCAUAGAGUUUCUCUCUGAAUAAACAUAAUCUCUCUGAGCAUAGAGUUUCUCUCUGAAU